CAACAAUUACCACAUUACUCGGUAUUGUUCUAUUAAAUAACAAACCAUUGUCAUCAUCUCAUGAUGACAGUGAGAAUGUUGCAUCUCCAAAUGCAUCGACACCAUGCUCAGAUCACUCGUAGCUAGUACCCUCGCGAAACAGCCGCGGACAUUCAGUCGUGGCUCGGCCGCUCAUCUAGGCAGAUCCGCCCGACGUGGGCUUCAUCUGGCUCCUCCGUUCUUACUCGACGAUUACAUCCCUAGGUACCAUCUUAUCACCUCGACCGAAGCCGCGAAGAAGCGCUCCGCGGCCUACGCCCACCUUCGACAAUGUAACCUCUGUCCUCGACUCUGCAACGUGAACCGCUACGAGACCACCGGACAAUGCCUGAUUGGAGCGGAGACUGUCAAAGUGUCAACGAUUGCGCCCCAUUUCGGCGAGGAGCCUUGUCUUCAGGGCCACAAUGGAUCGGGCUCUGUCUUCUUCAGCGGAUGCAAUAUGCGCUGCGUCUUUUGUCAGAACUACGACAUUUCGCACCAAAAGGUCGGAUUCGACCUGACGCCCGAGGAACUCGCCGAGUGGAUGUUGAAGUUACAAGAGGUGGGCAAGGUACACAAUAUCAACUUUGUCACACCCGAGCAUGUGGUUCCACAAGUGGCUCUGGCGAUCUUGACGGCUCGGGAAAUGGGGCUCAACAUCCCUAUCGUGUACAACACGAGUUCUUUUGAUAGCUUAGAAAGCCUCAAGCUUAUGGAUGGCUUGGUCGACAUAUACCUGCCGGACUUUAAGGUCUGGAACAAUGAGACAAGCAAACGGUUGCUCAAGGCCGAUAAUUAUGCCGAUGUCGCCAAGGAAAGUAUCCAGGAAAUGCAUCGGCAGGUUGGUGAUCUAUGCUUUACUCCGGAUGGAAUCGCCAAGAAGGGUGUCCUGGUGCGCCACCUGGUCAUGCCGGGUAAAGAGGAAGAAGGCGUACAGAUCAUGAAAUGGCUGGCUCAGACACUUGGGAAGGACGUUUUUGUCAACAUCAUGGAACAAUACCAUCCGGAUGCACACGUUGGAAAGCCCAAAAGAGGAUCCAAAGAUUCCGAAAAACGAUAUGCAGAGAUCAACCGAGCUGUAACGCACGAUGAGGUUAGUGUCGUUGAGAAAGCGGCUCGUGAGGCCGGUCUUUGGAGGUUUGUGGAACCUGCUCGUCACGGUGGAUGGAAUAUAUGAAUUCAAAACAACCUCACGCAGGUGAGAACAAAGAACUACAUACGGCUUGUUUGGCGGCGACGGCCCAAGUUCUUUGUUGAACUCAUGCAUCAUCUUCAUGUCGUCGUCUUUGUUGGCGUCUGGUACAAUUGGCUUGCCCUGUUUCUUUGUUGCCGCUGCUGGCCAAACACCAGCCUUCACACAAGGCCACGCCAACUGAUCCCGUAUUUUAUAUGAUGUUCUCGGGUCAGGACUUCUACCGCUCAAUUUAUGCCUGCAGUACCAAAGCAGUCCACACGCAGAAUGAUGGGGUUACCAUUGAAUGGCGGUGGUCCAUUCACCACGGCACAACCUGUACUUUGCACAGAACAACACUCAGUGCUGCAGCAAGAGCGAUUGUAUCUGAUCCAAACAUUAGAAAAAGAGGAACGACGAAAAACGACUCUAGCAGCAAAAUUGAGCAAGGCCGAGGCAGAGUUCGAGACAUCCAUGGUCCAUGAUUCCCCGGAUUUUGUCAAGCGCACUCAGAAGAGCAUCAAAAAGCUUCGUUCCAAGUUGAACAGAUGUGAGAGAAAUGAGCAAACAUUGUCCAUGAGCCUGGCCAACGUUGUCGAGAAAAUGCGAAAUUUGGAGCAAUGUCAAUGGAGCAAAUCUCAUCCAAAUCACGUUCCUCGCAACCAGUGUCAAGCUACAACUCUGCCAACUUUUGCCUCCAGCAUUCCAAUUGUGGCUUCGCAGUGGCCUCUUAAAUUUGACGCAGACCCAGCUCAGGUUGACGCGAUUCCGGCCAUGGCUGGCAGAUCUCUCCGUUUCUGCCCGCCUCCCUUUCGUCCACUCGAGACGGUGAUGUUCAAUAAUGUUCCUCAGGGGCCGAUGCUGCGACCAAUGCAACUUUCUUCUUGGAAAGAUUGUGCCAAUGAUGGGCAUAUUCAUCUACCUCGUUGCGAAUAUAACAAAUCAAGAUGGGCUGGUCUCGACUGUACGAUUACUAGCCCCACCGACACCGUGUCUACAUACGAUCUCAGUCCAUCGGCCACGAUGGCUCAGCACUCAGGUUUUCAACUUCCUUCAGACUGUACCAUGCUGGUAACAUACAUUUGAGCGAAUGCCCCGGGCUAGUGCUCCAGCCAGCUUUUGGUGGGUUUCUCAGCGGGAAGCGCCACCACUGAAUCUAUUGGGAGUGUCCGAUCUGUUCGAGCAAAGUCUAUCUUGAAUGGAUACAGGUAGCCACGCUCCGGCUGGCUUUUGGCCUUACGAGAGAAGCAUAACAACAGAGAAGCCAUCCUAAUAGAUACAAUAUACCAGGCAAGGGAAAGGAAAUGAAUCUGUCCAUAGUCUUCUUAUUAUGCACCUUAGCCACGAUGAAAAGAAAGUGAACUGAAGUGAAUUUCCAAUGAUUCGAGUCACGGUCGUGGACUAUGGCAAGUGAUCUGACCUGGAGUUGGGAAGUUAAACAUAUGUGCUACGAGAGAUCUUUUUGAUACAAUCAAUAGUACUAAGAGCGCCAGCUUCUUCCCAUACUGUACUACUGUAGGAACUCGCGAAACACACUCCGCCGGGAUCCGGCUUGACUGCAAUGGAACGACAGAUGCAAAUUUUAGAGUACAUCUACGUCCUGGAUGAGCAUUCGCAUCCGCAUCGG